ACAUUAGCUACGGAAAGUUAUCGAUCGAAUAAUCGUGUGGAACUAAGUUUUAUUCAACUUCCAUACGAUCGAGAGGAAUUUUCCACUGUAUUCUCUACGUUCCAAGUGAAAGCUACACCGGUUACCAUCGAUUCAAGGAGGGCUUUCAAAAUCCCUCCUAUUAACAAGCGUUCAACGGCCAGCAACAUUUCAUUUGAGAAAGGAGGCGAAUUUAACCUGCUUCUCAAUCAAGACACCAAUCUAUUGCAGAAAACAGAAAAAUGCAACCCGAAGUUGAAGCUGUCCUCUGUUUCUCAUGGCGUGAAAUUGAGGCAGGCGGACUCGGCGGAGAUCGUGCUGGACACGAUACCUCUGCUGAGUCCGACCAUGGAGCUGGAUCUCCUAAAGGAAACAUGGCCUACGAUAGAUUCGUUUGCCAAUUUGAAGAAUCAGAAGAUAUUAACGACCGACGAGGACAAUUCAAUACAUUCAAUUUGGGAGGAGAAUUAUCAGGAUCUCAGUGGUUGGUGCAUCGACCCAUUCCAAGGACAAUGCGCCUUUCCUAUAGGUGAAUUAGAAGAGAAUAAAUAUUCCGGCGUGGAAAGCGAGGAUAACGUUGUUUCGAUAAAAAAGACAGGGGCAAUUGGGAGGGUGGGAUCAAUGGAACUUCCCGGGGAGCAAGCAAAUCUCAGCGAUUCAAGCUUAAAAGUGGCGGAACUUCCGCUCAUCGAGUCUGAAACAAGAAAUAAUCAAGUGGGGGGUGCACAAGCUGCUAUUAAGACAGAAAUACUCGACACCAGACCGAUGGAAAUAAAUGAUAUAUUGCUGCUGGAUCCAAUCGAUUCCUCAAUGAAUCAGAGGACUGACGAAUGGAUUCAGUUUGGAAACGUCGAUUUACCAGUCGUUUCGCCGAUCAGUCUACACCAUAAAUCAAUAAACCAUAAACAGGGGAAUAACGUUAUCAGCGUCGAAUAUCCGAGUACGAUUCUUACCGAGGUCGCUAAAAAUGAAAAGGAUAAUUGGGAGACUAUCAAUACGUUUGACAACACCGAAUCAGAAACUUUUGAUCUUCUCUCAUAUCUUUGUGACGAUAAUAUAGAAUCACCAGAUGGGAGUAUCAUUUCGCGAGAUUCCGAACCAGCAACGAUCGUAUCGAAUUCGUCGAUCGCGGGUUCCGUUGAUGGGACAUCGUCGUCGACAACGACGACCACGAGAGAUUCGCACAAAAGUCGAAAAAGUAUUGGAGCCUCUCGGGAGGAAUAUGCCGAAGCGAAAUCUUCGUCGUCAGCAUCGAUAGCCGCUAUUUCCGCGGCUCUCGAUAGCGUUGCAAAAAUGUCCGAACGUUCUUCGCGUAACAGACAGAAACGGAAUUCACGAUCAAUGCGAAGUGAAUACGAUGCUGAAGUUGAAAAACGGAGAGGUAAAAAACGUUGCCUCGACAGUGAGUCCGAGGAUCGCAUGUCGGGGGAUGGCAGUUACAGGGAAUCAAGAGAAAAAAAUAACGAAGCUUCAAGAAAGUCUCGACAAAACAAGAAGGCUAAAGAAAACGAAAUGAUGAUGAAAGCUAACGAACUCGAGAAGGACAACAGGAUACUUAAAAUGAAAGUUGACGAGCUCGAUAAACUCGUCACUUCAAUGAGAACAGCCAUAUUGAGAUCGGCCAUGAAAAAAACCUCGUAAACCGAUCGACUUUUUACAAUAAUGAGAGUUGCAGCAGCGAUUCGUUAAUCACAAAAGGAGAACAAUCAUGAAAAUAAACUUUAAUGAACCACAGAACAAGUGCAAAUAAGCUCGUUUAAAUUUUCAAUUUAUAUCGCUUCUACUUCACGCUGCUGCAAAGACGAGCGUUGUGCAAGCUCUUUUUUGUUCUGCAGAAUACACGAAAUCGCUAGUGAAAGAUGUUUAAAUAAAUCUAAAUUGACUAAGUGUUUCAUUUGUUUAAAAAUGAUAAAACUCAAAAAUUACCAGUUUUACUGGCUCUAAUUCGUUUGCGUCUAAAUUGAACAUUUUACUAGAUUUCUUGGGUUUACUAAUAUUUUUUAUCCGCAUCUAAUUGCGGAGUGUGUUUCACUGCGGUGAAGAAAAAACGCAUUUUAUGGUUUUGUCGACGGUAAUCAAGUGUAUGCGUGCGGGUGGACGAGAGAGCAGGGAAAGAGAGAGAGAGAGAGAGAGGAAUGUUAAUAUUUUUUCACCGUUAUGGAAAAUAUUUCUGGAUGUUUUAUAAUCUACGUGUGAAUCGCGAUAAUUAAAUAUUCGCUUGUUAAUACGGUGACGGACUUUUGUUUUUGUUUUUUUUUGUUAUUCAACAAAGACAUUGUUUCAAGUGCGCAACUUUUGAUUUACUGCGACCACAGAAAUGUUGUAUUGAGAGAAAAAAUGUCACGACAAUGCGCUUGUCGUUAUGCAGCUGCGACCGUCGGAAGAACGAGGAAAACCGUGACCUUCGGAAAAAUAUUUUAUGUUCAUUUUGUUAAACUGUCCAUGCGAAAAUAACUAUCGAUACGAUCAUUCUGUCUAAAAUAUCUACCUGGCAAAGUAGUGAAUUAUUUGUCUUGCGAGAAACUGCAUAUUUUCUUAGAAUCAUUUACGAUGGAAAAAGAAAAAAGAACCAACGCAUGUAAAUUGAUUUUUGUAAAGAUACAAUAAACACAAUAUCGGAAAAA